UUUCCUUCACGUUUCGCAGGAACAGAAAAAAGAGGUCCAACCUAAUGGAAAACUUCCUGGCGCGAACGACGCGCGCGGCGGCAACUGUUCCCUCCCUUUUUUUCGCUCGGUCGCUUCGCUCACCCGCGCACAAAUAGAGAGAGGGAGGGGAAAAGAAGCAAAAUCGACAUGUCCAGCCGCCCCUCCUCUCCUCACACAGAACGGCGCAGCUCCCACCUUGAAGACCGACCGGCAGGGAGGACGGCGGCAGACGGCCGCGCGACGCGACCCCAUCCAGGCGGCGGGCAGGAACCACCGGCAAGCUGGAGCAUCUACCGUCGACCAGCUAGCCACCAAGCUCCAGCGGCAUCCAUCUGCCGCAAGUCUCUUCAGUUUCUUCAGAUGGAUGAUCAAGGCAGGAUGAUAGACUUUGGUGUUGAAGGCCAUGAGUUCAGUCAAAGGACUACAAUACCUUGUCCAAAUAUUGGUCACCAUCAGGACAAUGGACUUGAUGACCUGGAGUUUACUCAAGGAGCUACAGGACAUCAAACAAAUAUUGGUCAGGGCAAUGGACUUGAUGACUUGGAGUUCAGUCAGAGGAUCAUAGGACGCCGUCCUAAUUUUGGUACGCUGCAGCGUUGUGAUGACCUCGACUUUGACCAAAGGAGUGCAAGGCAGCAUGAGGAUAGUGUUUCAAAGUCCAGAAAGAGUCUUCCUAGAGCCAAGUGGAGUCACCAAAUGAAGAUCCUUCCCAGCCAGGAUGCACAUGCACAAACCUCAAAUCAAAGUCACAUGCAACCAUAA